CCGUGAGCUACACAUUUUUCACAUUUUCGCUCAAUUUGCUUUACGUAAUAGACCCCCUGUUGGCUAUAGAGAACGUACGACGGAAGUCUCCCAUUCCGCUGUUCUAUACAGCCAAUCAUAACCUCUUAUUCAAGCUUCGUCGCUCCGUCGCUUGUUGCUCUAGCGCUACUGGAAAUAUCAGCCUAAGAUUUUCCAGUUUCUGAUCGUGCGAACCCUCUAUUACAUCCAUAGCUGCGUGGUUUCAAGGUUAAACAGUAAAAUGUGGAUAGAUCCAACCGAUGUUUCAAAAAGGAAACCUCGAAGAAUUGGAGGAACACCGGCGAGUGUAUAUGGAAAUAAAAUUAUUCUUUCAGUACUAUGCGGGGCUGUAACAUGCGGAUUUUGUGUUUAUUUACUGGUAGGCGAGAAAAUGCAGAAGAUGUUAAAAGAUAUAGGCCCAGGGGAUGUUCAAAAUCCAAACUUGUUUUAUGAUAAAGUACGACCUUACCUUAAAGAAGGAGGACAGCCGAAACCAAUUAAAGCAACCAACUCAACAGUUCAGUAAUCAUGGAUAACGAUACUAUACUCGUAAAUGUAGACGUAAUUAAACAUAAAAACGAAAAUGCUUCAAGCAUGGAAGUCAAAUCAGAAGAUCGUGUAGACGCAACCGAAGCAAAUCAUAAUCCUAUUAAACCGAAAAGUAUGAAAAUGCGUACCUGUAAUCAAGUUUGUAAGACUAAUGCAUCGUUAAAUGAGGACGACAGUUUGGCAGAUUUUAAAUCUCCAAAAAUAAAUGUAAUACCCAAAGUGGACAAGCCAAGUGGUAAACUCGCCAUUGAAAAAUUGAAGCGAAGAGUGAAAUCCACAUCUAAGGACAAGGGACGAGGGCGAAGUAAAUAUAUUGCAAAAAAUUCUGCGCAACCUACCAUCGAGUCAUCCUUCAAACCUGCCAAUGCCAAAACGGCACAUACAUGUCCAUUGUGUUUCAAGACUUUCAACGAAGAAUCCACUCAAUCAACACAUAUGAAAACCUGCGCAGCAAAGAAUAAAAUCUCUACUAAGACUUUAUUAAAUGCUAUCGAUCUGCAGAAGCGUCAAAUUGAAGAGAGGAAGGCAUUAGGACUUCCUUCUACACCUAUUUUACAGCCUCCAAAGACUGUGACACGCAAGCCACCAGUUCCAAAAGGUGAUGGUGAACUCGAAUUAGCAUUAGCUCUAUCGAGAUCUUUGCAAGAAAUGGAAGAAAAGGAACAAAUAGCGGAAGCUGAGCUGUUGGAAGAUGAAUAUUCUCUGCAGAAGCCUGAUAAAGCCUUCCAGGAUGAGUCAAGAUCGAUUGAAAAUCGUAGAGCUACUUUGCAAAACUUUGGAUUCACUACUAACGUACCUUCGGUGCCACUGCCAGCUCGUAAUAAAAGUAAAAAGAGGAAGGUGUUAAAACCGACAGCGUUGGAAAUCCUUUCUCAAGAGGAAAAGGAUCGACGCUUAGCAGAGAAAAUAGCUGAAAUACUCAUAGCUGGUGAUGUGAUGACGCAAACAUCUCAAGAACCGAUACAAAGAAUGGCAGAAAAUGAGCUGAUUAGACCAAGGAGUAAAGUACUUAAGAAACUGCAACAAAUGGAACAUAAAUUGUGGGAUAAAUGCAGCCUUUCGGAGCAGCAUGAUGAAUUUUAUGUUGAAAAUCUCCUUCCGCUGUCGCAGUGUCAGCUAGGUCCUUCCGGUGAAUCAGAACCGUCUAAGAAUCCCAGUAAUUCUUCAGUAGAUCCUGCAAAGAUGCAAGACAGGGUCAAGGAAGCGGAAAUUUCUGAGAAGGAGAAAAAAAUGGAAACACCACAUUCGUGUUCCGAAGCAGCAUUUACGAUUAAGCAAGAAGACAAGAUGUCUCCAAAAAAUUCCCAUAGCGAUUCCACUUCCACCUGUAAACAGGAAUUCAGCGUUGAAAUCAAUGAACCAUUUAUCAAGUCUUUGGCAUGCGAUUGGAAGAACAUUUUAAACGUCAGUUCAGCGAGUGACAUAUUAAUUUACGUGAAAAAUGAGCAACACAUAUUCACGCAUAAAUUGGUCUUUUUUGUGCGCUGUUCGAAUAUCAUGCUGGACUUCAUUCCAUGCGACGAUCCAAAAUUUCCGCACGUGAAAGAGAGGAUUUCCUGGCCGGAAACGGAUUACUGUGCAGCCUUGGCAUUCCUGGAAUUUGUAUAUAGUGGAUCCAUUGACAAGUACUCAUACAUAUUUGAAGAUGAAGCCGCAAUGACUGAAGUUCGAUGCCUGGCGAGAAAGUACAGAGUCAAGGAUGUUUUCGAUUACUUGAAUCGGGUGAAGUCCGAUAAGAACGAUAAGAAUGUAAAAAGCUCCCCACGGAAGCCUGGACGAUCUGAACCCGAGACCACGAAUGACAUUGUUCAGAAUGAAGUAGAUGAAAUUCUUAACAAGGAACCGAAUAAAGAGCUUAUCUCUUCGCAGUAUGGAGAUGAAGCAAAGAGCGUCGUCUCUGACGCGAAGGAUUCACGUCUUGAUGAUGACUUUGAUAAAGAAGUGAUACUAUCUCAGAGGGAAAUUGAUGUCAUAGAUGGGGAAGUAGAUGAAAUUCUUAUCAGGGAGCCGAAUAAAGAGUUUAUCUCUUUGCAGUAUGGAGAUGAAGCAAAGAGCGUCAUCUCUGACGCGAAGGAUUCACGUUUUGAUGAUGACUUUGAUAAAGAAGUGAUACUAUCUCAGAGGGAAAUUGAUGUCAUAGAUGAGGAAUUAAUACUUGACACUAAGGGAAAUAAGGAUGCGUUUUUAUGUCCAUUUAAUGACACUCGAAUUGUUGCUUCUCCGGAUUUGUUUGAUGACACCGGAGAUGACAAUUCGGAUAAUACGAGAGAAUUUCCCUCGACUACGUGUAAGGAUGAUUGCGAAAAUGCGAAAGACGAGAACGAGAGCAAUCUGAAUGUGCUAUUGGAUUUAAUUCAACAAGAUUCACAGAUUAAUAGCCAAUACAAAAGCGAUUCGUCGAAGUCUGUUGGGGAUAAAAAAGUAGACCAGAAGAUCUCAAACGAUCCCAGCUUUGUUGUUACAUCUGAAAACUGUGAAGUCUACAACUUGGACACGGACGAAGAAACGGAUGUAGAAGAUGUGCCAAGAAAAUUCAAUCCUGCUGUAAUCUCCGAAGGUGAUAAUUCCAGGAUUUUGACCGCGGCUCCGGAGAAUGCAGAAAAUCCAAAUUUUCUUUUGGGUGAAAACUCGAAAAGUCGAAGUGCAAUUUCAACUCCCGAAAGUGUCGGGCAUCGACGCGUUUACAUGGACGGAGAAGUUGAAAAGGGAAUGGACAUAAAUGAUUGCGAUACAGUUUCAAUACCUGACAGCAUUAAAACACAAAUUUAUAGAACAUUCGAUAGCGAGGAAACUGAAAAUUCCAUUGUCACUCCGAACUGUGAUAUACUUCCGGAGGAGAGUAUGGAUUGCAACACUCAAGCAGAAACUCCAAAAUCAAGCAAAUUAAAUGAAAAUCCCGCCACGAGGUGCGUAACGAAGCAGAAAAGCAUUUUGAGUUUGUUCACCGAGAAAGUUCAGGGCGAAAAGGCAAAAGAGGCAGACCCCGAAGAUGAUUUAAUCAUAAGAGAUUCAUUCUUCUUGAGUCAGUACAACAUUGAAAAUAGAGAUUCGAUAGAAGCCGAUAAAUUUACAGCAAGGAGGGUAGAUUGUACUCGGAAGAGCAGGUUAAAACCGAGUAAAUUACAUGAAAAUCCUGAUGAAGAAUGUACGACAAUUAAGCAGAAGAGUAACCUGAGUUUAUUCAUUGAAAGGAUUCAGAAGGAAAAUGCAAAGGACUCGUUAGAGUCGGAUUCAGAGGACGAGUUGACCAUCAAAGAGCCGUUUUCCAGGAGGAAAUGUAAAAGCCCACUUCACGAGUACGAUUUAUUGUUUCAAAAUCAUUCCAAAAUGCUCGCCCUAGGGGUCAACGAAAAAGAUGUGUUCUCAAAGUUUGCCGUAAGGAAGCCCGAAAAUUCUCCGGAUACGCAGGAUCGAAACGAGAGGGACAGUUUUGAAAAAUUCUUCAAAAGCGAGGGCUUAACUUCGAAAGCUGUGCCGAGGAAGAAGAAGAAGAGGGAUGCUUUAAGUAUCUUCGAAGAGGCUGUUCGGAAAAAUGCAGAAAUGAGACGGGAUGGUUUUUCAAAUCGUUUGAAAAGUCCAGAUCUAUCGACGAAUUUAGAAGAUGAUGUGUCGAAAUGUUCAUUGUCAAUGUCGCAAAGAGUAGACGAGAGGGACAGUUUUGAAAAAUUCUUCAAAAGCGAGGGCUUAACUUCGAAAGCUGUGACGAAGAAAAAGAAGAAGAGGGAUGCCUUAAGUAUUUUCGAAGAGGCUGUUCGCAAAAAUGCAGAAAUGAGACGGGAUGGUUUUUCAAAUCGUUUGAAAAGUCAAGAUCUAUCGACGAACUUGGAAGAUGAUGUGUCGAAAUGUUCAUUGUCAAUGUCGCAAAGAGUAGACGAAUCUGCGAGCGAAAACUCAGAAAUUGGACCUACUCAAAAUACCGCGAACGACGAUGAGAUCUCAGGGGAGGAUUUUGAAAAGGAAUUAAACACUGAAGAAUUACUUUCGAUGAGCCAAUACAAAAAUUGCCCACCCAAAGGAAAAGACGCCGGUUCAAAAGAUCUUCAGACAGAGUCGAAGGACUCUCCUGAUAUGCCGGAAGAAAAUGAUAAGAUCAAUUCUUUUACCUGGAACGAGAGCCUAAUUUUGAGAAACGUAACGAUGAGAAGAAAGACCUCGAGUAUGCUUCGAAACGUCCUUUACAAAAAUGCAGAAAAUAAUGCUAAUGAAAGGCUUAUCAGUUCAGAAAGUUCCUCAAAAUAUGUGGAAAAAGAAAAGGAGCCUCGUAAAAGUCCAGAACGAUUGAUAGACGUAGAAGCGGAAUUAUCGAGUACUCUCGAUAAUUCUUUUUCAAGGGAAUUCGGAAGUUCGUCGAUUUCUUUCAUUCCUGAACGCCCGAAGAAUAAGUCGAGGAUUUCUUUGUCUUUAUUGCGAGAAGCGAGCAAGAAUUUCAAAAGUCCUUCCAGGGAAAUCGCGAUAACCGAUAAGGUUGUCGAUAUUUCGGAAGAAAUAAAUUCAUCGAACGAGGAGAAUGAGAGUAACUUGGACUCCAGCGUUUUCACGGAGGACGAAGGAAACAUUUCCAUGUAUUCGAGAUAUAAAAAAAGCCACAAAGAUAACAGCAUUUAUUUAUAUCGGGCUGCAUUAGAAAGUGGGAAUAAAAAUGAUAUCUCUACUCCACGAUCGUCGAUCGAUAUUCCCCAUUUUAGGGGUUUUAAGAUUUUUAACAAGGAAAUUGUUGAUGAGAAAAAUCCAACCACUUCAAAAACAUUGUUAGACGAUACAAAGCAAGUUGGAGAGGAAAAUGUGAUUUCGUUGGAUUCCGAUAACUCCGUAUCAAAUGAUUCGAAUUUUCCCUUAAGUCAUGAUUUGGAGAGUACAUCGUUUCGUGAUAAAUCUGAAAUAAAUUUGGAAAAUGAAUUAAGAACAAUCGGCGAUGACGUUAAAAGUAAACAUUUCAAUGUUCAGAAAGAGUCAAAUGAAAUUCUUCCCAGGAACGUAGAAUCGAACGAGAAUCCAUUAAAAUUAAUAUCCCGAAAUGGCAAAGAAAUUAUGACUGUCGGCAGAGAAAUUGUUGACAAUGUUUAUUCGUCAUAUUUAAAAAAAAGAAAAUCUAAGGAGAGCGAAAAAUUGGAGGAAUUUAGAUUGAGGGACUUUGGAUCAAACAAAAGCGUUUUGGAAUCCACUUCCUGUUCAAAAAAUGAUAAUGAGGAUGUUAUCGACAUCGACACUGAAACGGUUGAUGAUAACAUGUUAAAUGUUAAAAAUAUAAAACCUAAGAACAAUGAAAAAGUAAACGAGCUCGAUCGUAAGCACAUGAAGCCAAGUGAAAAAGCUUUGAGAUCUUCUUUAACAAGAAAUAACGAAAUAAUUAACACGAUCGCUACGGAGACUAUUAACAAACGCGUUAACUCAUUUGAUAUUAAAGACCUUGAACCUAAUAAAACGAAUAUUGGCUCGGAAAAUAAAAACUGGACAAAGGAAACUGUUGAUUUUCGCGAUAAAAAAAAUGCCGGACUUACAGUUGUCGAAAAAGGAGUAAGUAUAAAUGGAAACAUAAUCGAGGAUGAUGAAAAGGAACGAGAUAAUAAAAUUGCCGAGUCUCGAGAUUUCGUUGAUUCGCAGAAUUUUCCAGCGAAAGAAAUGUCCAUCGAUGAAGAAGUCAGUCUUCUUCUUCAGGAAUGCGUUUCGUCGAAAAGGCGAAGACUUGCAGAAAUUUGCGGAGUGUCUUUAUCGAGUCCGAUUUCGAUAUCUUCCAGUCCUGAAAGAUCGCCAGCCAUUUCGGAAGCCUACAAAAAUAAAGAAAAGAAUGAUUUAAUCGAUAAAGUCGUAGAUACGGAAAAUGCGUCCGGAAAAAUCUGCAAAAACGUUUGCGGCUUUAAAGGAAAUUUAUUAGCUACGGAAAUACUGCCUAAUGAUCCUAAGUUAAGGGAUGAAAAGAAAAAAUUGCAUGUUAAUGCUCGGCAAUUUGGGAAGAAAUUAACGAAUUGCAACAAUGGCUCCGCACGUUCCCAGAAUUCUGAGAGCGAUGAAGAGGAAACGAACGAUAUUCGGAAAUUACGUCUGAAAUCGGUGUCUGAAAAUAUUCUUUCAAGUAAAUUGAAGAUACGUCCAAAAGAUUCGAGCUUUAUAUCUGAAAUGUAUCCCGAUAGCUUCGUUUUCUUGAACGACUCCGACAGUGAUAAGGAAAAAGCAUCCGAUGUUCAAAAGCUUCGUGGGAAAUCAAAAUCUGAUGAUAAUUGCGCAAAUACGUCAAAGGCAUGUCGGGAAAAUGCAAAUUCUUACGAUUUUGAUAAAAAAUCGCAAACUCCUGCCGAUUCUGGAAGCACUCGUAUAGCGAAUGAAAAAUCGAAAACUCUCCGAGACAAUUCCGACAGUGAUAAGGGAAAAGCUACGGAUGUUCGAAAAUUUUACGCCAAAUCGGUGUCCGAUAAUAAUUUGUUAAAUAUGUCAAGACUGCAUUGCAAAGACGCGAGUAUCGAAGAUUUAAAAAAUAUGCGAGGUCGGUAUAAUUCUGGAAACGCUUACAAAUUGAAGGAAAAGGCGGAAAAUCUCUAUGAUGAUUCCAGUUCCUUUGACGACUCUGAUAACGAUAAUAAACUAAAUACAAAAUCCAAAACUCAUCGUGGUGGUUCCAUUUCCUUUGAUGACUCCGACAGUGAUAAGGAAAGCGCGUCCGAUGUCAGAAAGUUUCAUAUCAAAUCGACUUCUGAAAAUAGUUUCGUAAACAAAUCAAAGAUACAUUACGAAAAUGCAAAUUCCAAGGAUUUUGAUGAGAAAUUAAGAGCUGCUUCCAAUUCUGGAAACACUUAUAAACUGAAUACAAAAUCCAAAACUCAUCGUGGUGGUUCCAUUUCCUUUGAUGACUCCGACAGUGAUAAAGAAAGAACAUCCGAUGUCAGAAAGUUUCAUAUCAAAUCGACUUCUGAAAAUAGUUUCGGAAACAAAUCAAGGAUACAUUAUGAAAAUGCAAAUUCCAAAGAUUUUGAUAAGAAAUUAAGAGCUACUUCCAAUUCUGAAAACACUUAUAAACUGAAUACAAAAUCCAAAACUCGUCGUGGUGAUUCCAUUUCCUUUGAUGACUCCGACAGUGAUAAGGAAAGCGCGUCCGAUGUCAGAAAGUUUCAUAUAAAAUCGACUUCUGAAAAUAGUUUCGUAAACAAAUCAAAGAUACAUUACGAAAAUGCAAAUUCCAAGGAUUUUGAUAACUUAUUAAGAGCUUGUUCCAAUUCUGGAAACACUUACAAGCCGAAUGAAAAAUCCAAAAUUCAAGAUGAUAAUUCCAUUUGCUUGGACGAUUCUGACAGUGAUAAAGAAACAACAUCCGAUGUCCGAAUGUUUCAUGAGAAAUCAAAGUCUGAAAAUAAUUGUGCAAAUACAUCAAAGGCAUAUCGCGAAAACACAAAUUCAGGCGAUAUUAGCAUCACACCACGAGACCGUUCCAGUUUCGCUUUUACUCGAUUAAUGGACGGUUCGACAGCAGACGAGAGUGGAAUUCGUAUCGAAUUAAAUCCCGAGGAAGCUUCAACGAGAAAGAGUAAUUCCAUCAAGAGAUCUCUUUCCGAUUCGCCGAAUUUCCCCAGGAAAAAACGGAAGGACUCGAAUUCAUGCGAAGUAUUGGAAUUGCACAGCAAGGACUUCAAUUCCCCGUUUAUUUUGAACAGAAGCGAUGACUUCGAGUCUUGCGAGUCUUUGGAGAAGCACGAUUUGGUUGUUUCUUCAGGAAGAGAGCUCGAGGGGGUAGGAAGAUCCGAUUCGGCAAUUUCUUCAGAAAAGUGGCAGAAAAACGUCGAAGGUUCUAUUUCUUCAAGAAAAAGGAACAAGGAUUCGUCGAUUUCUACGGGACGAAAACGAAAGAAUUCCGAUCCAUGUGAAGUCUUUGAUAGAUGCAGCGAUGAUGCGAUUUGCCUCGACGACUUCGACAGCUUCGAUGGACUGAAAAUUCCUUCCAAAGAUCCGAAGGAAUCUUCUCAUCUUUUCGAGGAUAAAUCAAGGAGUAUCAGGAGCUUCAAAGUUAAGUCAGCUUCGGAGGGGAAUUUCCAGAGGACUUCAAAGAGUUAUUCUAGGACGCCUGAAAAAAUCAAAAGCGCGGUUUUAGAAGAAUCACCUUGUGGGAAUUUUAAUCAGAGGGGAGACGGAAGUAAUCAAACUACUCCUAAUUCUAGAAUCGAGACGAAUUAUGUCACUCCUCCUCUAAAUUACAGUGCCAUGGAUACACCUCAGCUCAAGAGAGAAUUGGACAAGUAUGGAGUGAAGCCUUUAAAACGUCACAAUGCAACGCAGUUGCUUAAACAUAUUUAUGCGCAACUCCACCCAAGGGUUCCUGAUUCAAAGGUUAAGGAAAAAGAAGCACAGCCACUUGCUUCAACUUCGGAUGGUAGAAUGCAAGAAGCGUGUUUACCCCAAGAAAGGGGUCAAAAUCCAAGUACUGCAAGAUCACUCUGUGACGAGUUCCAUUCCAAAAAAGGAUACGAAGACCCCGAUAAAACUAGCACCUUGAAUGACAGUUCCGAUGACAUGAUUAUUGCCGAAGAAGCCGAUUUCGAAGAAUCCGAUCCAGCCACUCUUGGAGAUUCUGAGACAAUUAAUAAUAAUUUCCGCAGAUUUAUUAAAGCCAAUAAAGUCAUCUAUAAUAUGAUUCUAAUGUACGCACCUUUAGGGUUAGAAUCGUUGCACUCAAUGAUGAAAAUUCAAGGCUUUAAAUGUAGCAUUAAUAGCCUAAGGGAUUUUUUAGAUGAACAGGGCAUCACCUUUAAAAUUGAAAAUCAAACUUCUCGAACGAGAAAGAAGAACGAGAAGAGUGGGACGAAUAAAACUAAUAAUACAGCAAAAACCACAAGCAGAGGGAAUAAAUGAGACAGUGUUACAGUGAGACAGAGUCAUUGAACAGAUAACUGUUCAAUGACUAUUUAUUAAAUAGAUUUUACAGUUUUAAUGUGAGAAAAAAAUUUGAAUCGAUUUAAGAAACUGUAAAUAAAUUGUAUAUUUAAUGCAUCUAGGAUUGCUUUUAGUGAAAAUUUAAUUAUAUUUUUGUAUGGUUGCAAUAUUUAUAUCAUCAAAAAAGAAAACACCUAUGUAAGAGAAAAAAAUGAACUUGUUGAAUCGCUACCCGGUCCCAUGACCUUGAAAUAACUGGAAGAAUAAUAUCCAGUCUAGAAUAAGAAAAAUAAAAGGUUGCUAAUGAUAUGUGAAAUGAGUGAACUU